UUAAUUCUCAGUCUGCGCCUUUCUUCUCUGGCUGUGGGUGCAUUUGUGCGGAGGAUUUAUGGAAAGUCAUGUGUGUGAGCUAGAAAACCAAUAAUUCUGAACUAUGUUCUCCCAGGCCAGGUAUUUAUGGAAAAGCAGAUCUGCGUUUGCGCAGAAAAUAGAAAUAUGCAGAUUGGGCCUAUCCUGUUGGUUCGCAAACACCAAGGGUAUGAAAAAGGUUUUAAGCGAAAUGCAACAAACAUUAUUAUUUUAAGCGCAAUUUCAAAUUACUAAGUGAAUUAAAAUGGUUCGAAACGAUAAUACCCUGAGGGCGGUUUAAUCGACAAUGUAAUUUUGCGUUUAACCUGAAAACUCUCCCGCGCUGAUCGCCGAUUGGCCAUCUAGUUUGAACGAAUGUUUAGGAUCAGAAUCAGCCAAUAAGCAGCGCAUACAUUGGCCACGCCUACUGAAGAGUGUUCUGGAACGCAGCCCUCUUUUUAAAAAAGGACCAAUCAGUUACGAGCUCCGUAAAGUAUAAAUGCCGUCAUAGUGACGUUAAGCUCACAUUCUCCGGAGAUCGUCUACGAUUUUAGGGUGAAGUGGAACUUAAGUUAAAAGAUGUCUGGCAGAGGAAAAGCAGUCAGCAAGACUAGAGCCAAGGCAAAGACUCGCUCAUCCAGAGCUGGGCUGCAGUUUCCUGUAGGUCGUGUUCAUCGUUUGUUGCGGAAGGGGAACUACGCUCAGCGAGUGGGUGCUGGGGCGCCGGUUUACUUGGCUGCAGUACUUGAGUAUCUCACCGCAGAAAUUCUGGAACUCGCUGGAAAUGCGGCUCGGGACAAUAAGAAGACUCGUAUCAUUCCCCGCCAUCUACAGCUGGCCGUGCGCAAUGAUGAAGAGCUAAACAAAUUGUUAGGAAGAGUGACCAUUGCCCAGGGAGGCGUUCUGCCCAACAUCCAGGCUGUCUUACUGCCAAAAAAGAGUUCAGGUGGUGCUUCGACUUCAGGCAAGAAGGGCUCCCAGCAAUCCCAAGAAUACUGAGCCGACAGUAAUAUCGCUUCAUUUUAUUCCAAAGGCCCUUUUAAGGGCCACU